UACUUUUGGCCGCACAUCAACGUUAUCUUAUAGCGCAUCAUCAACAUGGAGCCCUCAGGGAACAGAACCCCCGAGGGGAAGGAUAUGAUCCAUCUGGCCAAGAAGGCAGAGAGAUACGCAGGGACUUCCCAGGCCUCGACGCCAGUUGUGGUCGUGACCCAAUCUCAAACAUCAGUUGGUGUCCCCAAGAAGCGCAUCUACGUAGUACCCAUGCCCCGGCGGGCUCCUAAAGAGCCACAAAUCCAGAUUCGGACUCCCACUACAGAUGCAACCAAAACCCGGACUCCAGUCCCAUCCAAAAAACGUAUCUUUAUUGUAUCCCAACCUUUCUCUGCUGGGGGCUCGAAGCAAACCCAGGUACCAGGCACUAGGAAACACAUCUAUGUACUAGCUCAGCCCCAGAAUGCUGCUGGGGUCAGGACCCAACCCCAAACUACAGCCAGGAUCACGACUCAACCCCAAACUACAGCCAGGAUCACGACUCAACCCCAAACUACAGCCAGGAUCACAAUUCAACCCCAAACUAUAGCUGGGAAAAUAGUGCCAGGACAGACCCAGAUCAAGACUCCAACUGGGGUCACAGUUCAAUCCCAGAUUGUAGCCAGUGUCAAAGCCCAAGUCCAGCCUGCAGUAGGGAGAACAGACCCUCCUAAUGCUCCAAGGCAGACUAGGAAGAUGGUUCACUUCCAACCCAAGCCUCUGACAGCCAGGGAUGCAGCCCCAACCAAGGCUGAUGCCCAGACUCAGACCCCUACUGUCGUGGCAGAGGUGGUCUCUAUGCUGCAACUCGGAGAUGUGAGACCUGCACCGCAGCCAUACCUGGUCCACAAAGAAGAGGUGCUGAGGAGGAUGGGUGCGCCAGAGAAGAUGUCAGUGAGAACGUUGCUGAUGUACACUGGGAAGAACCCUGCAGACCGAGACAGCAAGAACAGAUUGGUGAAAAACCUGAUUAAGGCUGGAAUCCCCCCCGUCGAGAUCCCUACCUAUAUCACCAGUGCCUUCUCCAGGCUCACCGAGGGUGACACCACAAUGCUGUGUAGUGACAUGAAGUCCCUAGCUAUCAAACACCUCAACUUCACCAAUAUGGCCGAGCAGCUCAUAGAGGAGACCAACCCUGUGCAGCACUGGUCCAAGAUCAUCGAUACCAAAGCCCAGCUAGAGGAGUUGAGACUGUGUUUCAGGGACCCAGCUAACAGUCGUCUGAUGGACAACGUGACCCACGGUAUGAGCACGGGCGUGAUGGACGCCACCUUCGACAUCAUCUCUACCCUCAUUGACUACCAGGUGCAGCUAAUCGCCUGUCUAGUGAACACCAUGCCUUCACACCAAACUCCCACUAGGACGGCUGUCAAAAUUAGGCCUUCUCCGGCCCUUCAGACAUCCGUGUCCCUCGUCGCCCCCCCUGUUAUCACCAUUCCGACGCCCCUGGGCCCAUUAGCCUCCCAACCCCCCUUGAAACGUCUCUAUGUGUUAGCCCAGCCCCACAACAAGCCCCUGCGGUGCUGCCAAGAGACCCAGAACGAGACCCAGACAGACACCCAGCUCCCUAAGGAACCACUGAAACAUCAAAAGGGUCGAGGCGUCCAGCGUGGCCCCAGGGGAUCUUACAGGAAGAGAGCCGCUUCAGGGGCCUCAGACAGGAAACAGGAAGCGGCUCAGGAGAAGGGGAGGGGUAAGAAGGUUAAGCUAAACCCCUCCCCACACGUUGCCACGGAUACCGAGGAAGAGGGCAAUGCAAAGAUGGCCAAAAAGAGAACUCCUGGCAACACAGAAGGAAACUCAGCAACUGGAUGUACACAAACAAAUUGAAAAGUUACAGAAUGUGUAGCUGCAAACUCCAGCAGAAAGGAAACCCCAACAGUUGCGCCAACAGAAACAUAGCCUCGUUCCAGAAACAGUUUCUGGCUCCUACACUUGCGUAGGCCUAGAUAUGAGGGGAUUGGAUAGGUGAAAGCAAUUGGAUAGGUAUAGCAAAUCAAAUUUGAUUUGUCACAUGCGCCGAAUACAACAGGUGUAGUAGACCUUACCUUGAAAUGCUUACUUACAGGCCCUUAACCAACAAUGCAGUUCAAGAAAGAGUUAAAAAAAUAUUUACAAAAUAAACAAAAAAAAUUAAUGUAACAAUAACAAUGCUAUAUACGGGUCAAUGUGCGGGGGUACAGGUUAGUCGAGGGGGUCAAUGUAAAUAGUCCGGUUGGUCAUUUGGUUAAUUGGUCAGCAGUCUUAUUGCUUGGGGUAGAAGCUGUUACGGAGCCUUUUGGACCUAGACUUGGUGCUCCGGUACGGCUUGCUGUGUGGUAGCAGAGAGAACAGUCUAUGACUUGGGAGACUGGAGUCUUUGACAAUUUUUUGGGGCCAUCCUCUGACACCGCCUCGUAUUGAGGUCCUGAAUAGCAGGAAGCUUGGCCCCAGUGAUGUACUGGGCCGUACAUACUACCCUCUGUAGCGCCUUACGGUUGGAUGCAACCGGUCAGGAUGCUCUCGAUGGUGCAGCUCUAGGACUUUUUGAGGAUAAUGGGACCCAUGCCAAGUAUUUUCAGUCUCUGAGGGGGAAAAGGUGUUGUUGUGCCCUCUUCACGACUGUCUUGGUGUGUUUGGACCAUGAUAGUUUGCCAGUGAUGUAGACACCAAGGGACUUCAAACUCUCGACCCGCUCCAUUACGGCCUUGUCGAUGUGAAUGGGGGUGUGUUCGGCCAUUAUUUUCCUGAAGUCCAAGAUCCGCUCCUUUUUGUCUUGAUC